AAAUAAAGCAAAUGUUGAAUUCAAAAGAGUCUGCUAUAACUGUCAUCUCCCAAGAGGCUCCACUGGAGCCUCGUGAAGCGUUCAAGUUAUUCAGCAGCUUCAGUCUCUUGUGAGAGAUUCUCCCAUUUGUAGGUAAAUCCCAGAAAUGGAAGUAUUUGCUUCUGUUGCUGACUAAAAAUGGGGAGUCACUUUGGAAGAAGUAUGAAUUUGCUUUUACUCAACUGCAGAGGAAGACAAAAUGGACAGAUCAUCCAGAAGAGCUUGAAGAGAUUUUUCAGGAUGUCUACGGUUACAAGCCAGUUAUCAAUCGUGACUUUAUGCUCAGAAUUUGUGCAGAUGAUGAUAUGGACCUUGAGUUCCUUGAGAAAGCGAAAGAUUACAAAUUUCCUAAUUUUCGGUCACUAGAUAUUGAGAACCUAGGAUCUUGAGACAACUUGGGAAUAAUUUCAAAGUUCUUAUGCAAUUCUUAUCCGAAUUAUAUAAAUGAACUGAAAUUAAGCUGAUUCCCUGAAAAUAAAGACAUCACUGAUGUUCUGUUAGUUUGUAAAGUCAUUAUAUAGGAGCAAGGACUUAAUCAUGAAGAUCUUCUCUCAGGUUCAAAAUGUUGGAUGCAACGGAUUUAAGAGUUUUAUUGAGCUCAAUGAUUUCACACUUGGUGACGAGAGCUUCAGACUUAUACUAACCUCUUCUAAACAAGCCGGAGUUGUUAGGCUGAACAAUUGAAGAAUUUUACUACCAAAGUGUAAUAUAGACAAAAAGUUUAAUUUCUCAUUAGACAAAGUGGAUUUGUCUAAUUCUUGGUUUGAAAAUGAAGAUGAUAGAGACUUGACACCUAACUCUCUUCUAUCCAAUAUGGACCACAAACUAUCCUUAGGGAUGAAAUUUGAGGACGUUGCUUACAGAACACUCUG